UCAGAAUUUUGGGUUUAGAUAUAGUAAUGCGUAUCAUGGGAAAACUUAGAACAAUCGAUUCGUUUUUUAAGAGAAAACCCAGCGAUACAUCAGACAGUGCAUACCAAGAAAGCAAACGUGCCAAAGUUUCAACAAGUGAGCCUGAGCAAGAGCAAAAUCAACCAAAUGAACAUAUUCCCGAGACGCCAAGGCCAAAUAGUAAUGAGUUGGAUAUUAGCUGUUUGGAAAGAGAUCCAGCAAAGCGGAAACAUAUGUGGGAUUAUUCGGUUAAUGAGAGGGAAAACGUAAGAUUAGCUAAUUUGAAGCUAGGACCUUUUCAGCUUCAUUUACAAAAGUAUCCAGCUAAAGGUUCAGAGAAGCAUCCACGCCGAUUCCAAUAUUCAUGGUUUAAAGUUUUUCCUAAUUGGUUAGAGUACUCUCCUACAACAAAUGCCGCAUAUUGCUUUAUUUGUUACUUGUUUAGUGACAAACCAAAUGUUCGUAAUGACUCAGAUGCGUUUACAGUUAAAGGCUUUGACAACUGGAAGAAAGUUAAUGGAAAAAAUUGUGCAUUUCUUAAACACCUUGGUUCUACACAACAUAGAAAUGCAACCAUUUCUAGUAUAAAUCUUUUGAAUCAGGCUGCCCACAUUGAUAAUAUCAUAGAGAAGCAAAGUGUAGAGCAAGUUUUGAAAGAUAGUUGAGCUCAUUUAUGCACUUUUUGGCUUUAGCGUUCAUCUUUUGUCCUAUAUCUAUGUAACAAUGAAUGCUUUUUGUUCUAUAUAUGAGCUAUGAAUGCUUUUUGUUUCUAUAUAUA